AUGGGGAGGUCUCCAUGCUGCGAGAGAGACCACACAAACAAAGGAGCUUGGACUAAAGAAGAAGACCAUAAGCUCAUCUCUUACAUCAAAUCUCACGGCGAAGGCUGUUGGCGUUCUCUCCCUGCCUCCGCCGGCCUUCUCCGCUGCGGUAAAAGCUGCCGUCUCCGGUGGAUUAACUACCUCCGUCCUGAUCUCAAGAGGGGUAACUUCACCCUAGAAGAAGAUGAUCUCAUCAUCAAACUACAUAGCCUCCUUGGAAACAAGUGGUCUCUGAUUGCGACGAGGUUACCGGGGAGAACAGAUAACGAGAUUAAAAACUACUGGAACACACAUGUAAAGAGGAAGCUUUUGAGAAGAGGGAUUGAUCCCACUACUCAUCGGCCGAUCAAAGCUCGUCGAGAAACGUCUGAAUCUAAAGAAACAGAGGACUCGCUUGUGAAGGUUCUCUCUUUUGGUUCUGAUUUGGAGAAAGAGGAAAGUUUUGGGGAGGAGAGAAGGUGUCAGAAGAGUCUGACUUGCCAAAAAGAGAGCUUAGAUUUGAAUCUUGAGCUUAGAAUCAGCCCUCCAUGGCAAGCAUGGCAAGACCAACAGCAACGUGAUGAGACAAAACUCUUGUUUGGGAGAAGGAAGUAUCUCUGCAGUGCGUGUCGUUUUGGGUUGGGAAACGGCAAGGAGUGUAGCUGUGGUAAUGUGAAACGUCAGAUAGAGGAAAGUAGUAGUAGCAGCUACUCUUCGAGCGAUAUUAGUAGUAGUGUUGUUGGUUAUGACUUCUUGGGUUUAAACACUAGUGUCUUUGAUUUUACUAGCUUGGAAAUGAACUGAAAUGAAAAAUACUAAAGAAGAUUAUUGAAAGCUCUGAUAUUAAAAACUGAACGUAUUCUUAUCUUUUCUAAUUUCAUCUUUACUCGACAUGAAUCAA